GAAGACGUGUUUUAUUUGCGUCGCUGUUUCAUUUGGAGAGUAUACAAAAUGAUGAGAAGCUGUCACCAUAGAGCCAGAUAUGUCAGCUGGUGUGUGGAAUCUGAAGAAUCACCAACACCUGAAACUACAACUCUGACAGCAACAGCCACUCCAGAAGAACCUUCACAUCGAAACCAUCAGCUGGCUGCUUCAGGCUCAGUCCCACUUCUCCUUCUGUCACCACCAGAAACCAGUGGAGGAGAACCAAAUGCAACAGUUUCCCAUCAGCACUUGCAGCAAGCUUUCAAAAAGAGGACAAAUCAUGAGGUCUUCACACAUCACCCCCAGUUCAAGCAACACUCCAGCUCUGAGUUGCACGACACUGACAUAGCCUGUGGUAAUCCUGCUCAUGAUGGUGAAGAAGGGAGAACGGGGGACAAAGAGGACCUGUCUCCUCUGCAUCCAGAGGACAAAAACAUCCUCCUUCCCAGAAGCAGUCCGGUCAUGUCCAGACGCCACAGGCCUGUCUCCUGGCAGAGAGGGGGCACUGACACUCCAUCAAGCUUGGACUCCGGGUCUCCUGCUUCUGGUUCGCUGCCUCUGGAUCAGCAUGGGGUCUUGAGACUCAACAGUGUGGAGGAUCAGGAAUCCACACCGGGCUCCUGUCACCACUGGUCCCUGCUCCAGGAGGACACAAAGCCACGCGGUGUCUCUGCCUCAUCACAUGUGAACCAUCUCCUCAGUGCUGGGCUCCAAAUUCCCUUCAGUGGACAGCAGGGAUUGGCUAAUGAGCAUAAGGGACGGGGGCUAACCAGCUGUGGGGCCCCCCAUUCAACAGGUUUUUCUACCUCAACACAAAACUGCAAAGAGAGAAGCUGCAGCAGAAUGCCAGAAUUCUCUGCAGACAUCUUCAAGACCAGUUGUGAGCUGGAAAAGGAGAAUGCUCAUUUCAUCGUGGUGGACAUGAUGCUGGAGGUGUUGGAAGGUGUGAAGUGGACUCUGAGCUCUGAUCAGUGGACUUCAACAAAAGACACACACUGCAACAUGUGCACACACAGACACACAAGCUUGGCACAGGACACACCAGCACAUGAACAGAGAUGUAAAGAAUGCACACACACACAUACAUGCAGUGCAGGUGAUCCCAAACAAGGGACUUGCAAGACGCUACAUAAAAACACACACUCCUCUUAUGUCCACACACACCAACACACACAGGAUGAAGAAGAGGAGGAAGCAGGGAACCCUGAGCAUCCGCCCAAGACUUCCUCUAUCCUCUCCACAGACAGCGGAUUUGAAGACUUUGGAGUUGACCCUAUGCGGACACAGAGAGAUUCUCUCAUAAAUGCAGAGUGGUUGGCCCAGCAGCUGGUGCUGGAGUUCAGGAGGAGCUGGCUUCCUUCCCAUGAGCCUCGGCGUGGACGGCAAAGCCUCCGUAGCUCACUGCAGGAGUUGCCAGGCACUGGAGAUGUGGCUGUGAGCAGCAGCAGCCUAGCAGAAAAGAUCAGACUGAGGACCAGAAUGAGAGGAUCCCUGAGCUGGGCCCCUCCACGCUUCCAGAUCAUCUUCACUGUUCAGCCAUCACACAGACGCAGUGAAGUUGUGGCUCUGCAGCACUUCCUGUGUGCAGGAUGUGGGACGGAAGUGGAGCCCAGGUAUAUCAAGAAACUGCGGUAUUGUGAUUAUCUUGGCAGGUAUUUCUGUGAUUGCUGCCACAGCGGCUCCGAGGCUGUGAUUCCCAGUCGACUUCUGUCCUGCUGGGACUUUGGCAGAUAUCCUGUGAGUGAUUUCUCCAAACAGCUACUGGAUUCAAUUUGGCAUCAGCCUCUGUUUGACCUGACCUGUGUCGGUAAGAUGCUCUACAGCAGAGUGAAAGAGCUCGACAAGUUCAGGGAGCUUCAGGAUCAGCUGAUUGGCAUCAAGAAGCUGCUGACAGCCUGCAGAUUAUCAGGAAGGGUGAUGUCUGAGUUUGAACAGCUUCCUGCUCACCUGACGGAGCAGCCGCACCUCUUCUCCAUGGAUGACCUCUUGAGGGUGAAAAAGAGUCAGCUGGUGGCACAGGCCAGAGUGGUGCUGCUCUCUGCUAUCAAUCAUGUGGAACAUUGUGAGUUGUGUCUGGCCCGAGGUUUUAUCUGUGAGUUCUGCAGAGAAAGAGACAUCAUCUUUCCUUUUCAGAAAGACAUAUGUAGGCGCUGUCCAGUGUGCAGGUCCUGCUUUCAUAAACAAUGCUUUGCAAAAAAGUGGUGUCCAAAAUGUGCACGUAUCAAAUCACGGAAAAAACAUUGAGAUGGAUCCAUGAAGUGACAUCUGAACGGCUGCAGCUCAGCACCGCCCUUUAAGAUACAGCUACAUUACCUUCACCAGAGUUCAUACAUUUCUUCCUAGUGUUAACCAAAAUAAUGUCUUUAAUACUAAAAUCUGGGAAUAUCAUCUCAAUGUUUGAAUCAAAUUCAAAUAUUUCUUGUUUCCUGUGGAAAUUAAAUUGUGAUUGUU